GUGAGUGGCAGUGCCGUAUGCAUACAGUCUGCAAACAGAGCUGAGGGGAUUUUAACUGGAUACGUCACAACUAAAGGGGGGAAAGAAAAGAGGGAGGGACAGAGGAGGGGAGAGAAGGAGAGAGGAGAGGAGAGCAAACGAUGAACAGAGAGAGAAAGAGAGGGGAGAGGGAGUGAGAGAGUGAGAGUAGAGAGGGAUAUAUUGACUCAAAGCUGGUCUGCAUGCUCCACAGUGUGUGAGAGACAGAGGACGUGAGAGCGGAUAAGAUGGAGUGCUGGCACAGAUGAAGACUGUCCCUGGUCCCAUUUGACAGUCCACAUGAGCGUCUCCAAACCCCCACCUCCUCCCUCCACCUCUCACCUGACCAUUCCCCCCUCGUCCACCUCCAACCCGUCCUCGUCGGCCUCCUCCCCGUCGGCUAUGCCCCACUCCACCGCACUUCCCCCUCCCUCGCCGGUCAAGAUCUCUAUGCAGGAGCACUUUGCCAUCAACGUGUGCCCGGGCCCCAUCCUCCCCAUCCCACAGAUCUCAGACUUCUUCCCCCGUUUCCAUGACUACCCCUGCACGCCGCCGCCUCCGAGGGAGAAGAAGAUCCUGAAAGAGGAGACAUUCAACGGGGAGACGGGAGGGGGUUACAAGGAUGGGGAGAGGAGGGGGGACAACGACGGAGACAGGGAGGAGAUGUUGGACUCUGAUGAUGACGACACCUACCUGGGCACGUUGGAGUUCAACCUGCUGUUUGAUCAGGAGAACAACUGUCUUCAUUGUACUAUUCACAAGGCAAAGGGACUGAAAGCCAUGGACUCCAAUGGGCUGGCUGAUCCAUACGUCAAGCUUCAUCUUCUCCCCGGGGCUAGCAAGGCAAACAAGCUACGGACAAAAACCCUGAAGAACACAUUGAACCCGGUGUGGAGUGAGACGCUGGUGUACCAUGGCAUCACUGCGGCUGACAUGACCACAAAAACCCUCAGGUUGUGUGUAUGUGACAUGGACAGGCUCGGCCGAAAUGAAUUCAUCGGAGAGGUGAGGGUGGCCCUGAAGAAACUGAGAGAGGGCGAGAGCAAACGCUACAAUAUGGGCUUGGAGAGAAUUGCACAGAAUAAAGAAGCUAACAAUCAAAUGGUGGAGCAGGGAGCGCUCGUGGCGGAGGAGGAGCGCGGCCGCAUCCUGGUGUCACUGUGCUAUAACACAGAGAAGAGCUGUCUGCUGGUUGGUAUCAUACGCUGUGCCCAUCUGGCCGCCAUGGACUCCAACGGCUACUCUGACCCCUUCGUCAAAAUCUUCUUGCAGCCGGAUAUGGGAAAAAAGUCCAAGAACAAGACUACAGUGAAAAAAAAGACUCUCAACCCUGAAUUCAAUGAGGAGUUUUCGUACGACGUGCCCGUGGACCAGCUGGCGAAGAAAACCCUGGAGAUCUCUGUUUGGGACUACGACUUGGGAAUGAGCAACGACUUCAUAGGUGGAGUGGAGCUGGGCAUCAACGCAAGCGGAGAGAGACUCAAACACUGGUUUGAGUGUCUCAAAAACAAAGGGAAGAAAGUGGAGUACUGGCACACGCUCACACAGCAAGGAGCCCCGAGCAGUGACAAACCGGACUAGAUAACAAAAGACAUCCAUGCAAACAUACACAUAGACAUGUGCACACACCUACACACACACACAUACACACUUUUCCCACUGAGAAACAGUUGGAAACAGAGACCAAGUCAAGCAGUAAUAAGAGCAAAGGAUAAAACAUGCAAUAAUAAUAUUGAUAAUAAUAAUAAUGUUGAAGAUGAAAUCUGUCAUUGAAUGCCAAUGCUUCAAGCACCGAGUAUUAGUAUGUGAUAUUCAUACUAAUAUUAGUGAUGGUAACAAUCUGAAUACAUUUUUUUUUUUUUUAAAGGUGAACCAAAUUGUGACAAUGUCCUCAUUAAAGUGUUGACGUACAAAAAAACAAUACUCACACAAAUUGUGCUUUAGACCUCACUGUAUUGUGGAAGUCGCUCAUACUCUGUCGUUCAGAUUCACACCAGAGGAAGAGAUGACGAGCAGCGAAUGUACUCGAAAUCCAUUCAGUGAAAGGGGCCGGCAGCACGUGGACCCCAGUGACUCAUAACGUGGUGUUUAGUGAAGAGAGUGGGGACGUCAUGAAAAAAGGGGAUUCUGUUCUGAGAAGUCUAUUUUAGUGGUUGUUGAUCUGAUGCAAAACAACGACGACACCAUAUUCUAAAGCACAAAAUGAUCCAUUUGGUGGAUUUGUACCUUUAAUGUUUCAGUGUUCUUAUGUCUUUUUCAUUGACUUAAAGUUACAGUGGCUCUCUGUUCAUCUUCAUGUCGCACAUUGAUGUGUCAGCGUGUGUGUGUGUGUGUGUGCGAGGGCUAUAUGGGAAUACGAGUGCCUACAUUUACCGUCUGUGGAGUCUGUGUCUGUCCGUAUCAUCGUGCCGCAUUCAAAAUGUCUCCAUCCAACUUCAGAAGCACAGAGGCGAGAAGAAAUAAUAACAAAGGACAAGAAAAACAUACAAGCGAGAAAUCCUCCGCCGCCGCCGCCGCCGCCACCGCCGCCACAGGUCUCAGUGGCGUGAGUGUUCCUGGCUGGAGGACACUGACAAGCUGUCAAUCAUCCGUGUGUGCCAAAACCAUCUCCGUCUCUCCCAUUGCCAGACAGUCAAAGAGCAACUUGAAGAAUGGAACAUGUUUUGAUGCUUAACUUCUGUUCUCUUUUUUUUUUUUUUGUGGCUUUUCUGAUGACAGGCUGAAGUCAGAGGGAGCUGUUGUUUUUUUUACCUUCAGGAUCCAAGCGAGAUUAACUCAAUAACUCAAUUUCUGCUCCAGCGGAGUCACAGACUGAUGUAACACUUUCCUCCUGCAGGGCAAUAUCCUACCAUUAAACUCACUGAUCAGCCACAACAUUAAGACACCUAUAAUUGUGGUAAUUGGUAUCACGCAACAGGAUGUUGGCGUCAGAUCCCUUCAGUGCUUCCUUGGUGGGUUCUGACCACUGAACAGGCCUCUGGGGGAAACCCACAAGACCUGCUGUCAUCCACCCGUCACAGCUUGGCCUUUGUCAAUGUUUCCCUGAUCCUUACACUUUUACAGCUUCCAACACAUCAACGUUACAUCCCACCCUGUGACAGGGGCCAUUUUUAAAAAUCAAUUUAAUGAAUGUCAUUUACUCCACUUGUGAGUAAUAGUAAUGUUGUGGCUGCUCAGUGUGUAUUUAUUCCCUCCGCCGAGCAGGUGCUGUUUUCACCCUUGUCCAUUUGUUUGUUUGUUAGCAUGGUUACACAAAAACGACUCACCAAUAUUCCCCAACCUUCCUGGCAGGGUGUGGUAUGGUUCGGUGCGGAUCUGGAUCAGGGGGCGCAUCCAGGAUAUAUUGUUUCACUGUCUUUAUUAUUAGGGCGUUGUUCAACAUUUUUACAGUUUCCCAACUGAAUAAGUUGAUGAAAGAAAUCAGGCACAUUUCGGGGACUGAUAUCUGUGAGUGUGUGAAAUCAGGUGCAGUCCGAUUGUUGGUCCUUGGCGGAGGUAUGCACUCUACUGAGUGAUGUUCUACUUUGAAUAUUUAGGCAUUUGAUUGGUCCUGUAAAGAAUAAGACCCCCCCCCCUCCUCAUUCACCUUCACCAUUCACCUCAAGAGCCUGUUGUUAAGAGGACUGUUGUGUUAUCCAGUGUCCCAUUCAUCCCAUUAACUUAUUGCGUUUUAUGAACUGUUAGACAUCAGGUUUAAAGUGGCAUAUAUUUAAUUAUUUGGAUGCAAGGUAGGACCACUGGGACCAUGUCUGUGAAACAGGAUUGCAGCGUGCAGUCAGUAGAAAUGCAGACUUUUAAAAAUGAAGCCCCCUGUUAAUUCAACCUGAAGAGAUCAGAGAUUAUAACCUGUAUGGAAACACGCUUUGCAGCAGGGGACUGUGGAUCAUCACAGAUCAGGAUCCACAAUAUUUAGAAUCUGAGCUCGAUUUCACACUUAUCAACCUACAUGAAUGUUAUGUGCAUAUUGUCGAAUUGUCAGGAUAUGAAGUGCACCCCCCCCCCCUGGUUCCUCCAUCACUGAUGCUGUGGCCGUACAGUGGUUCACAAAAGCAAACCCACAGUCAGUCAGUGGCCUCCGGGAGUUUUUCUAACUGUUGAAUCAAUCGGGCUGCUCAUAAUCUUGCUGUCCUCCGACAACCUUGUGAAUGUCUCAUUGUUGACUGCAAAAAAAAAAAUUCUUCAAUGGAUUGGAUGUAGAAGAAAAAGGGCUUGGGCAUUAUUAUAAGAGCUUGGAACUAAACUAUGUGUUAUAAUGAGCUUCGACACAUUUUCAGUUACACCUUAAACGACUUUAAGUAGCGGGUUGGGCUAGGAUGGGGGAUUAUUCUGUACUUUCUCUAUGCACAUCAAAACUCCCAGCAUGUCAGCAGUGAGAUAAUCAAACCAAAUCGAUAACAUUAUAAUGUUAUACAAGCAUCGACGACGGUGCACUUCUGGGAACACUUUGUUUCGGGGUCAUGCGAGGUGAGAGUGAUCUAAUAGAGUUGACAUUUUCGGGCUGGACGGCCGCCUAUUCCUGUCUCUGGAUCUGUUGCUUUUGUUUACAGUCACCAAAUUGUUCUGACUCUUGUCUAUUGACCCUGCUUAGCUUAUGUAACCAUUUUAGCUGCGAUACAGCUGCAUGUUUAGCAAACACCAUCAGCUUGUGUAAUCGAGUGCAACCUCCGCUGAUCAUUCUGAAUGCCGAUGUGUUUACAGUCCUCGCCGUCUAUUCGGUCUCUAAACGUCUUAGUGUGUUAUUUGUUUGUGACUACGAUGAUUCAGGGUAUUUUUUGCUCAGUUGCUGUGCUUUGACCAAGCAAGCUAUUGCUUUAAAAAAAAAAAACAGAAGAAGAAACAAAACAAACAAAACCUUUACUGUCACAGAUUUUGACACUUGUCUUCCUUAAAUUGAUAUCAGUGGUGAAGAUGCAGGAGGGCUGAGGUGGAAGUUUGGUGGGAAUUUACUACUGCAGUCCCUGUGUAUUUACCCUCAAUGUCAAUCACACAGUAUGACUGCCAUCGUGUGGUGGGUUUGUGUAACUACUUCGCAAAAUAAAUUGAAGUUGUUUCA